AUGUGUGUCUUGUGCUUUCCAAAGGCUCUUGCCCACGUAUUUAAAACCUACUUUCUGGCCAGUUACUACUUCGAGUUCGGCAACUGGCCCGUGGACUUCCGAUGGGAUGAGGCUGGUGGCCACAGACACCCUCCCGGCCACGACGAGAGUGGCCACGGCCGAGGUCGGGGCCGCCAGAUCAUGGUCCAAGCCGCGUCGGGACCGUGCCUGCUGGCGGCGGCGUCCUUGGCCACGCGGGCGGAUGGAGGCAGGCCAUCGGCGUGGAACAUCUUCAGCUCCUUUAAGCAGAUGCCCAGCCGGCUGGCCAGCUACAUCAUGGCCCAUUCUCUCGGUCGCUGGUUGUUGUACCCGGGCUCAGUGUUCCUCCUGAACCAAGCCUUACUACCAGUCCUGGCCAAGGGUCAGGCUCGCCUCUUGAGGGAUUACAACGGGAAGCGUGCCAAGCUGGUAGCCCGGGAUGGAAAUAAGAUCGACACCAUGUUUGUGGACAGGAGAAGCAAGGAAGCAGGGCAAACGGAGCACCCGGGGAACGUCCUGGUGGUUUGCUGCGAAGGGAACGUCAGCUUCUACCAGUGGGGCUGUCUUUCCACGCCCCUGAAGACUGGCUAUUCUGUGCUGGGAUGGAACCACCCUGGUUUUGCCGGAAGCACGGGCAAGCCCUACCCAGAGAAUGACGCCAACGCAGUGGACGUGGUGGUCCGCUUCGCGCUGCACCGCCUGGGCUUUCGGAUCCAGGACGUCGUGAUGUACGGGUGGUCCCUGGGAGGCUACUCCGCCGCCUGGGUCGCCAUGUCUUACCCGCUGUUAGGCGCCCUGGUCCUGGACGCCACUUUCGACGACCUGCUCCCCUUGGCCCUGAACGUCAUGCCCAAGAGCUGGAAGAAGCUGGUGGUGCGGACGGUGAAGGAGCACUUCAACCUCAACGUGGGGGAGCUGCUGUGCAGGUACGCCGGCCCCGUGCUGCUCAUCCGGAGGACCAAGGACGAGGUCGUCACCACCUGCCCGUUUGGCCUUGAGGACCGGGUGACUAAUCUCAGGUGCAACAGGGCCAAUGCGCUCCUGGUGCAGCUGCUGGAGCAUCGCUACCCCGAAGUCAUGUCCCAGGAGGGGCUGGAAGCGGUUCACGACUGGCUCAGGGCUGCCAGCCCCAAGCAGGAGGAGGCCAUCUACCGACGCUACAAGAUCAGUGACGACUGGUGCCUCAAGGAGCUCCGGGACUACAGAUCCAGCCUCGGACACGAGAGCCACUUCCCGUGGAGGGUUGGGAAGUACAUUACCUGCCGAGAAAAGAAGCAGAUGGCGGUGUUUUUGGCCAGGAAGCACAUGAGGAACGUGGAGACCACACACUGGUCUCUCCUGAAGCCCAGCGAUUUCCAGAUGCCCUGGAAGUUAUAG